GGAUCUAGUGAGAUUCUGUAUGGCAACAGCAUGUAGGGGGCAGAAGAAGGGUUACAUCUUUAGGGGGUGUAAAAGCAGCCUAGAUGGGAAACAACAAGCAAGUCUCCAAGCCGUGCAGAGCCUCCCUGCUCUAACAGCUGCAACUGCAAUGUGUCUGUAACAAGACAGUGGGUGCAGGAUAAGAGAAUUAGCCUCAGAAGCAGAUUGGCACUGCAGGAUUUUCUCUCUUUAUCCAUCUUUCACCCAGAUCCUUAGCUGCAAACAGAUCCAUUUCAGGAGCACCAAAAAUCGUGAUUAUAUUUGAAAAUAAAUGAGGAGACACCAUGUUGACCAGCAUUGCAGAGCGUAUUAUGUACUGCCUGACAGGCAAAACCCCAAAUUCUGUGGGUCCCGCAGAUAUUUCGGAAACCAGCGAUGGCUACGACUUUCUCGAGGUAAAGCCCGGCCGUGUCUUAAGAGUGCGGCACAUCUUACCCUCUCGUGUUGGAGGUGGGGAGGAGGAAGAUGUAGAGGAAGUGAAAAACUCAGGACGAGGAUUGGUCCAUUGCAAACGUCGAAUAACUGUCUAUCGUAAUGGACAACUAGUAAUAGAAAAUCUGGGUACCGCUCUUCGUUCUGAGAUAUUACAUUGUCGCAAUGGAAACACUGAGCAAGCUGGAACAGUGGAGGUUGAGCUCUCGGAUUUCACCAGCACAGGCAAUGAAGGUGGAGCAGGAAAGGAUAGUGAUAUACCACCUGGGCGGCGUAGAAAACGCAAGCCGAAGAAGGUAGUGUUGGUUGACUGCCAAAGACGAGUUAGUAGCUGCAAAGGCACGCAUUCUGACGUGGUCCUGUUUUUCAUUCAUGGUGUUGGAGGUUCUCUUGACAUAUGGAAAGAACAAAUGGAUUUCUUCUCUAAACUCGGGUAUGAAGUGGUAGCUCCAGAUUUGGUGGGGCAUGGCUCCAGUGCUGCUCCACAGAUUGGUGCUGCUUAUACCUUCUAUGCACUCGCUGAGGACAUGAGAUGUGUAUUUAAGCGCUAUGGCAAGAAGAAGAACAUCUUGGUAGGACAUUCAUAUGGAGUGUCCUUCUGCACUUUCCUGGCACAUGAAUAUCCUGACUUGGUCCACAAAGUGGUCAUGAUAAAUGGUGGCGGUCCCACAGCUCUUGAGCCCAGCCUCUGCUCCAUCUUCAAUAUGCCCACAUGUGUGUUACACUGUCUCUCUCCUUGCCUUGCAUGGAGCUUCCUCAAGGCUGGCUUUGCUCGACAAGGUGCCAAAGAGAAACAACUCUUGCGAGAGGGUAAUGCCUUUAAUGUGUCAUCGUUUGUGUUACGAGCCAUGAUGAGUGGCCAAUACUGGCCAGAGGGAGAUGAGGUCUACCAUGCCGAGCUAACCGUCCCUGUCUUGCUGGUGCAUGGCAUGCAUGACAAAUUUGUUCCCCUUGAUGAAGAUCAAAGGAUGGCAGAGAUCCUGCUAAUCACGUUUCUAAAGGUGAUAGAAGAGGGCAGUCAUAUGGUCAUGCUGGAGUGUCCAGAAACUGUUAACACUCUACUCCAUGAGUUUUUCUUGUGGGAGCCGGACGUGCAGAACACAACUGCAGAAGAAGGUGUGCAUGAGUGAAGAGGAAGAGUCAUAGCUGAACAUUCCGAGAAACAGGAGAGAGACUUUUCUGUUAUUAUCCCAAACAAUGGCCUAAGUCGCUAGGUUUGGAGGAGACGUCUAGUGGUCUGCAAACUACUGGCCAAAGUUUUAGACUUUGCCUCCCAGAAGAUGGCGUCCAGGGAGAAUAUUGUUCACAGUAAUUCAGGAACUUAAUACAAUGCAGCUUUUAAAAGAGGUCCUCCACCACUUGGCCUCCUAUUCAGCCAUAACAAGAUGUAGGAAACAGCGAGAGGUUGUCCGAGGUCCCUUGCUGGUAACAUAUCCGAUUGACCCUUACAGUAGAAUUGUGGUAUGUUAUCUUUUAAAGAACCUUGUUGGCCAUAAGCCCAACUAAGAGGAAGGGAUUUCUUAGCGAGUACUGAGAACUGGUGAGAAUGAAGGGACUAUAAGAUACUGAAUAGUUGUUGUUAUUAUUAUUAUGAAGCAAAAUACAUCGACAAUCCAUUUGCAAAAUAUCUGCGGAUGUAUACAGCUUGCUGUAUACUUCUGUAUUGCCAUAGAUAAAUCACUGGCAGCAAAACAGUUCUAAGUAUUGACGUACAAUCUAUAUUUAUAUGUAAAGCCCACUGGCUAAUAAGAGGCCACGUGUGGAAAUUGAUUCAGUCAGAUAAAGAACACAAAGAAAUGUAAAUCCUGUUAAUAAUGUAUACUAUGUGGCUCAUAUUUAGGAUGAGUGAUAGUCUUUUCCUUAUGUUGUGCACAUGGGGGGUGUAAGCAGGCAGUAUUACAUCCAAGUAACAUGUCAUUUAUGAAGAUUUUCUGAUUUACUUUCUUGUGUUUUUUGUUCCUUAUGGAGAUAACGUCAGACAAACAGUAUAUGAAGGCUUUAAUGAAAUGGAACAUUGUUAUCUACAGCACAGUAAAAGGCAAUGUAAAUAUACUAUAGGUCUAAAGGACAAUACAUUACACUUUCCUCUAAUGAUUAUACCUAUAUAUUACUAUAAUGUUGAGAUGUGUACAUGUUAUGGGCGAUAAUAAAUAGAUAUUUUAUUACAAUUCUCACAA